CCGGUAUCCGCCCUCUGCCCCCGCCCCCAGGCCGUCUGAGUGGCCGGAGCCGAGUCCCCGCCCGCCGAGGCUUCCUCCCCCGAGCGGUGCCUCCCUGAGAGUCGGUGCCUGAAGCCCAGCGGGACGGGACCACCUGCGGCCCUGGAACGCAGGGAGGAAGGGCUGGUGGCCCCCCUGGACACAGCUGCCUGUGCAUGCUUCAGCCCUGACCUCUAACCUGCGCCCCGUGAGCCAGCGGGACCCAACCACGCCCGGAAGCGGCCCACCAGCCCCCAGGCGGCCAGCCCGAGGAGUGGUGACAGCGCAGGAGCUCCUGGCUUGGGGGGAAGGGAGGAAGGAGGAGAAACAAAGGCGAGUGUGCCUGGCGCCGCCCACCAUGUGUCAGUCAGAGGCACGGCGAGGACCUGAGCUCGGAGCAGCGAAAUGGUUGCACUUCCCUCAGCUGGCCCUGAGGCGGAGGCUGGGACAGUUGAGCUGUAUGUCCAGACCCGCCCUGAAACUGCGCUCCUGGCCCCUGACGGUCCUCUACUACCUCCUGCCCUUCGGUGCCCUCAGACCGCUCAGCCGGGUGGGAUGGAGGCCCGUGAGCAGGGUGGCCCUGUACAAGUCGGUGCCCACGCGCCUGCUGUCGCGGGCCUGGGGCCGCCUCAACCAGGUGGAGCUGCCGCACUGGCUGCGCCGGCCUGUCUACAGCCUGUACAUCUGGACGUUUGGCGUGAACAUGAAGGAGGCCGCCGUGGAGGACCUGCACCACUACCGCAACCUCAGCGAGUUCUUCCGGCGCAAGCUGAAGCCGCAGGCCCGGCCCGUCUGUGGCUUGCACAGCGUGAUCAGCCCGUCAGACGGGAAGAUCCUGAACUUUGGGCAGGUGAAGAACUGCGAGGUAGAGCAGGUGAAGGGGGUCACCUACUCGCUGGAGUCGUUCCUGGGUCCGCGCACUUCCACGGAUGACCUGCCCUUCCCGCCAGCCACCCCCUGCGGCUCCUUCAGGAACCAGCUGGUCACUCGAGAAGGGAACGAGCUCUACCACUGUGUCAUCUACCUGGCCCCCGGGGACUACCACUGCUUCCACUCCCCCACUGACUGGACCGUUUCCCACCGGCGCCAUUUCCCAGGCUCCCUGAUGUCCGUGAACCCCGGCAUGGCCCGCUGGAUCAAAGAGCUCUUCUGCCACAACGAGCGGGUGGUCCUCACUGGGGACUGGAAACACGGCUUCUUCUCGCUGACGGCCGUGGGGGCCACCAACGUGGGCUCCAUACGCAUCUACUUUGACCGGGACCUGCACACGAACAGCCCGCGCUACAGCAAGGGCUCCUACAAUGACUUCAGCUUCGUGACACACACCAACAAGGAGGGCAUCCCCAUGCGCAAGGGCGAGCACCUGGGCGAGUUCAACCUGGGCUCCACCAUCGUGCUCAUCUUUGAGGCCCCCAAGGACUUCAACUUUAAGCUGAAAGCGGGACAGAAGAUCCGGUUCGGAGAGGCUCUGGGCUCCCUCUAGAGCCUCCUUCCUGGCGGCUGAGGAAAGCUACUGAGGGAGCUUUCUCAACAGAAACGGGAGGGUCUUUUACGGGGAGCCUCCACGGCUGGGGAGGGGACAGUCUUAGGGCUAUGGGGCCCGACCAUGUGGGACCUGGCUGACUAGUUCCUGCCGUUCUGAGGUGUGGGUGAGGUCAGAGCCCAUGUCGGCCCUGGACCUACGUCGUCCCUCUUCCCACCCUAAAGAGAACACGCAGGCCAAGAUCUCAAAUUCCCUUUAGGAGAUUUUUUAACCUAUUGUAUAAACUGGAGACCCUACAUCUCCUGGCUGGGUGUUCAGUUGGUCUUCAUUUCUGUUGUAAGACAGAAGUGGUUAUAUAAGUUCCUGCUGCUCUCAUCAUUGCUUUUCAGCCUCCCCUGCACUGACUGGGCUGUGCAGCCCCCGGAGCAGCACCAUGUGGCCUUUAACACAACCGCUUUCUGUUCCCAAUUCACCCCACUCUGCUCGUUUGGGAA